AUGGAAGAAUUAUUUUAUAUAGAAAAUUGUAAAAUGAAUGUUACAUGUUCUGAUAAUUAUGGAUUAACAAAUGAAAAUAAUAAUCUUAAUGAAAUCUCAUCAAAUGAAAAAGCAAUUCAAUCCAAUAAUUGUGAUAAUGUCAAGAAAAAAUCUUCUUUCUUAAUGACAAUUUCUUUAACAUUUCAUUCAUUAGGAAUUAUAUUUGGUGAUAUUGGAACAAGUCCAUUAUAUGUUCUUGAAACAAUUUUUCAUAAGAAAAAAACUCCUCCAAAUCAAUUUCAAUGUAUUGGAGCAAUUAGUCUUAUUAUAUGGAGUUUAAUUCUUGUUGUUUCAAUAAAAUAUUCCAUUUUUAUACUUAAAGCAGAUAAUAAAGGAGAAGGUGGAACAUUUGCUCUUUGUGCAUUACUUACAAAAAAAUCAGCUAAUUUAUCAAAUCGGAUGAAAUCUUUUGUUAAUAUUGCAUCAAUAUUAGCUGCAUCAUUAUUAAUUGGUGAUGGUGCAUUAACACCAGCUGUAUCUGUUUUAUCAGCAGUUGAAGGAUUAGCGUUAAAUGCACCUAAUCUUCAUAAAUGGGUUGUACCAAUAACUGUUAUUAUUAUUAUUUGUUUAUUUAUUGGUCAACAAUGGGGAACAUCGAAAAUAGGUAAUACAUUUGCUCCAGUUAUGGUUAUUUGGUUUUUGUCAUUAUUUUCAAUUGGAAUAUGGCGAAUUCGUUUAAAACCAAUUAUUUUAAAAUCAUUUAAUCCUUAUCAAGCAAUUAUUUAUUUAAUAAAAGAAAAAAAAGAUGGAUUUUAUCAUAUUGGUGGAGUUUUUCUAUCAGUAACUGGAUGUGAAGCAUUAUAUGCUGAUUUAGGACAUUUUGGUUUAUGGCCUGUAAGAAUAAGUUGGUUUUUUGUUGUUUUUCCAUGUGUUAUAACAAAUUAUUUGGGUCAAGGUGCACUUCUUAUUCAUAAUCCUCAAUCAAUUGAAAAUCCUUUUUAUCGUUCUGUUCCUGAAUGGGCACAUUGGCCAAUGGUUAUUUUAUCAACAAUUGCAACAAUCAUAGCAUCUCAAGCAAUAAUAACAGGUUGUUUUUCAUUAUUAAGUCAAGCAAGUUCAUUAGGUUUUUGUGCUCCACUUCAAGUUCAUCAUACAAGUCAAAAAGUUAUUGGACAAAUUUAUGUUCCAACAAUUAAUUGGGUAUUAAUGUUAUUAACAUUAUUUGUUACAAUUUAUUUUCAAAGUUCAUCACGUUUAACAAAUGCAUAUGGAUUAACAGUUUGUAGUGUUAGUGUUAUAACAACAAUAUUAUUUUUAAUGCUUAUUAAAACUGUUUGGAAGAAAUCAAUUCUUUAUGUGAUUUUAUUUAGUUUAUUUUUAAUUAUUGAUUGUUUAUUUUGGGCAGCUAAUGCGUUGAAAUUUAUUGAAGGUGCAUGGAUUGCAAUCUUAAUAGCAUUGAUUUUUUUUCUAAUUGGUUAUUCAUGGUAUUAUGGAGAAAAGAAAUUAAAAACAUAUAUGCGUAUUCAAUCAACAACAUGUCAACUUAAUCAACUUCCAAGAAGAUUUGGACUAACAACACAACGUCAAAAAUCAAUAUUUAUUUCUAAUAAUCAACAUUUCGAUAUUCAAUAUACAGUUGAUGAUAAUGAUAGUGAUAUUAUUGAUGAUGAUGAUAAUAAAAAUCAUUUGAAUAUUUUAACACAUGUUCCAUUAUCAACAAUAUCAAAUGAAAUUGAAUUAAAUAAUUUAGAAAAUUCAAGAGAAAUAAGUGUAAUACCGGGUGUUGCUUGUUUUUUAACUUGUAGUUCUCGUCAAACUCCUGAUAUUUUUGAAAAUUAUAUUCGUUUAUUUCGUAAUAUUCCUCAAUUAAUAAUAUUUCUUCGUAUUCAAUAUGCACGUGUUCCAUUUAUUUCACGUGAUAAACGUUUAUUAAUAAAAUUGUAUGGAAAUAUUUAUUAUAUUUCAGCAACAUUUGGUUAUGGUGAAACAAAAAAGAAAUGUGUUUUUAAUGAUAUUCUUUUAUUAAGUAAAGAACUUUAUCAAUUACCAAUUCCAUUAAUUGAAAAUCAACUAACUUUUUUUUUACCAAAUCAAAUAAUUCUUAUUUCAAAAAAAGGUUAUAAAUCAUGGAUUACUCGUUGGCCACUUUAUUUAUAUUCAAUUCAAAAACGUUUAGUUCAAAAAGAAUUAAUUAAUAUACAAAUUAAUACCAAAAAUACUAUUCAAAUUGCCAUUAUUGCCGAACUUUAA